CUGUAAGGAACUUCCCACGGCCGGUACAGGAAGUGAAGCGGCGCGAGUCAGACCAGGAAGUGGCUGGGAGGCGUUUAACUUCAUGAAGAAUGCAGACCAUCAAGUGCGUUGUAGUUGGUGAUGGAGCAGUUGGAAAGACGUGCCUUCUUAUCAGUUAUACCACCAAUGCCUUUCCAGAGGAGUACAUCCCUACAGUAUUUGACAAUUACAGUGCUCAGAUGACAGUGGACAGCAGAACGGUUAGCCUGAACCUAUGGGACACUGCGGGCCAGGAAGAGUACGAUCGCCUGCGUACUCUCUCCUAUCCUCAGACCAACGUUUUUAUCAUAUGCUUUUCUAUUGGCAGUCCGUCUUCUCAUGCCAACGUACGACACAAGUGGCACCCUGAAGUGUCCCAUCAUUGUCCUAAUGUGCCAAUAUUACUUGUGGGUACCAAAAAAGAUCUUCGGAAUGAUGCAGAAACCAUAAAGAAGUUGAAAGAACAGAGCCUUGCUCCCACCACACAUCAGCAAGGAUCAUCACUGGCAAAGCAGAUAGGGGCGGUGAAAUAUCUUGAAUGCUCUGCACUGCAUCAGGAGGGGGUCAGAGUUGUAUUUGAAGAAGCCGUUCGAGCAGUUUUAUAUCCCGUGACAAAGAAACACAUCAAGAAGUGCGUCCUCCUAUAGUGCUGUGUGCUGACCAUAGAAAUGUUGAUUUUAAAGAAAAUAUAUAUAUUGGUUUUUAGCACAAGAUUUUCGGUGGUAUCCCUUUUAUCCUCAGCUUGCACUAACAGCUCGUAACUGGGUUGCGUGGAGUAGAAUCAUGCCGCUUAUAGCUUUUCCUAAAAUGAAUAUGGCAGCAAACUAACGCAAUGUAGCAGUCAAGAGGAGAAGACACAAGAUGCCACCAUGUUCUUGGAUACAAAUCUCCUAGCUCUUACACACGCCAGCCUUGCACUUCUGACUGUAAUUAUCUGUGCAUCCUUUUGCUUACCAGGGAUUAACAUCCUGCUAUGAAAAAUAUCUUCAAAUAAUAUUUUAUACUUUUCUUACUUUUGCCACUAUUAAAGCUUAUCAGUGCAAUUUUGAACAUUUUUUUUCCAUACCUGCAGAAAAUUCUCCAAAAAGGAAAGGACUUGAAAGACUUUAUUAAACAGAUCAGCAUUUUUUUUUUUUUCCUGUGUUGCUGGAUUACAGAUUUUGACUCCAGUAAAUUCUGGUAAAACACUGUAACCGUAAGGGGGGGGGGGGGAGGUGUUUUUAUCCCUUUGAGUGCAUGAGGCCCCUGUCUCCUGCCUCUGGAAUUAAAGGUUAAACGAGCUUCAUAUAUCUCUGUAUCACAGGUUAAACUCUUAUUAUUAUAAUUAUUUUUAUUUUACCGUAAAACUCAGGGCUGAUAAAUGUGGUUGUAAGACAGUUCUUAUUUUCCUUGUGAAAAUUAGAAUGUGUUUAGAGAGAGGGGAGAUCUAUAAUUAAUCUACUAUUCAAAGAUAAUUAAAACUAUUUGUAUUUAAGACAUAAAUAUGCUAAUUUUCUCCCAGAUAUUGAUGAACAUCAAAAGAUGGUAUUGCUUACUGUAUUCUGUGCACCUACAGGGCUGUUUUGCCUAGUGCCAUCUGUGUAUACUGACAUAUAACUGUUACAAUGCCACCUCUUUCUCGAAUGAUGCUAAUGGCUCGAAGUUUGAUUCGGCCAUGUACAUUGACAUCCUUUUCAACUUGAUAUCUUUGGUUUCAGCCUGUGUUUUGGCAUCGUAUUAGCUGCGGAGCAUUUGUCUCGAGUCUCGGGUGGAUGGGACAGAACCAUCCCAAAGCAGAAUAUAAUUCUGCUGACGAUUUAAGUCGGGAAAUAAAGGAGGCUUCGAUAUGAAAUGUCACUGUGGUCCAGCGCGACCAAACGUUCAUACGUUUUAGGUAUGGCAUUCAAAGCAUACUUUAAACGUACAGAGCAGAGACUGUGCUUCUCUUUGUGCUAAUACUGCCUCUUAAAUCUCUGUUCUCCAAAAAUGAUUUUUGUAUAUCACACGGUGACUUAAACACAAUUAUAAAGAGGCCAUACAUUUCAAAACAGAGUGACUUCAUAGUAUGCUAAAAUCCAUCCAAGUCAACAUACUCUGCAAAGUACCUAAAAGUGCCUUUUGGGUUUGAAGAUAUGUACGUAAGACCUUUUUUAUACCUUAAUAAAUACAGCAGUUUAAUCAGCUGUGAUAUUUUAUAUUUUGCGCAAAUACUGUACUCCAUAAUUAAAUAAUGGUACUUUCUAGUUAAAUAUCUGUUAUUCUUCUUCCUUACCAAAGAGCAAUCCACUAAGGAUGUAGACCACAAAUGCAGGAGUCAUUCUUACCCAAGCCCCUCCUCCUCCUCUCACCUGCCCCUCUUUCAAUAAGUUUCUCUGAAAUAUGAAAGCGCAGGGGUAUUACACAACUGACGAGACGUACAAUGUGAAUAGGGCUUGUCAGAAGCUCUUCUAUGUCUGUGAGUAAAUGAAAGAUUUAAUGCCAGCACAAUGUGUAUUGUCUCCAGUGAUUGAAAAACCACUCUAAUGCUUUGGAAAUUAUAAAGCAUUUUCUUUGAUUUUUUUAUCCUUUUUUUCAAAUUUCAGGAAUGUAUAUUUUAUGCAGUUAAGAACUAAAUUUUCUAAUCUAACUCGUAUCUCAUGGUUCGAUUUUCAUAUAACAAUUAUAUUUAUUUAAAGGACUCCUAAUAAAUGGUACU